CCUCCAAUCACUGUGGCUGGAUGUGGAUGUUGGGCGCUACCUCCAAGCAGUGCCAUCAUGAUACCGACAAAAGACCUUUAGCAUCGCAAAAAGAAGCAAGCAAAAGUGUUCACCGGCGACUCGAGAUUAUUGGAUAUGAGACAAUAUUUGUAUUUAUAUUUUGCGUUAUAGGUUUCUGGUGUUGAAAUAAAGAAGGGCCUCCUCAUGCGUCAGAAAAUACCCGGGAAGGAUGCCGUCUAACUGCGUAAACAUAAUGGCUUUGGCUCAGCAUCGACUUAUUGCGUGUAUGCUGCUGUUCUGUAUGAUGACUAGCAUUCACACCCGGUCCUCUAAAAUAUCGGACUUGAAAUCUAAAAUAUCAGGGGUGGAAGAGCUCUUAGGAGAAUUCCGCAAGCAGCUCCAACAGGACCAGACGUAUAGCAGGGAGGAAGAGGAGGUGGUUGACGUCUGCCUGGGUGACUUCAACGCCGUAGAGGAGCACAUCAUCCGAGCGAGGGCCUCCAUAGAGCAGGGGGCCACCUUUCUCUCGGCUCCUGACCAGGUGUACAGUUGGAAAGACUGUCUCCAUGCCUGCUGCGCAGACCCCCACUGCACGGUGGCGGUGGUCCAGGAGGACCUGAGACAGUCGGACGACGGCCUCAGCUGCUAUUUGCUCAACUGCAGUUAUAGAAAUAAAAACGUCUGUUCGUUCGCAGCACAGGCAGGGUUCAGCACCUACAGCCGGGCUCACAAUACAACAGGACACCUCACCUCUUCCAGUGGCAAUGUAGAUGGGAACAAAAUCAGGAGACCUGAGGAUAAACCUAGUGUUGAAGAUGGCAUGCCAGACAUGGACGAACCGCCCCGGAGUGAUGCCGGCCAGGAUGUGGUCAUCCAGCUGCCCACUGACUGGGCCGUAGUGGACGGACGGGACAGUGUGGACGACCACGGAGUAACUCGUUAUGAAUGGGCUCUGGUGAAGGGCGACCAAGACAUCAACAUGAAGGUGACCCAUCCAGGGUUACUGAAGAUCAGUGGUCUACAGGAGGGUGUCUAUACCUUCCAGAUGACUGUCACCGACACCGCGGGACAGAAGAGCACCGACAAUGUCACUGUGACUGUGCUGGCUCCAGAACGCCAAGCUGAAGUAUGUACAGGUAGCUGCUCCCGCUACCAGUUCAUGUGUGACGACGGCUGCUGUAUUGACAUCACCUACGCCUGCGAUGGGAAGCAGCAGUGUCCAGACCGCUCAGACGAGGAUUUCUGCCAGAGCUUUGAUGGGAACAGGAAGUCGGUGACCCACCCUGCAGGUGCCAGCCCACACAGGCCUGUGGCUCAGCCAGAGGAGACUGAGGACCACUCCAUGGCCCAGGGUGUGCCCAAGAAGACCAUGGAGGAGGCCAGACCACCUCCACCACAAGCUCCACAAGAACCUCAGACCCAACAGUCUCGUGAGAGGAGCAAAGCAGUGCCCCCAGUCCUGCCACAGCCAAGUCACAGUGAACAGGAGAGCCCUGUCAGUCAAGAGCCCUGUGCAGCUCCCCCUGCUGUGGGGCCAUGUAAAGGCAUCUUCCCACGCUGGUUCUAUGACCCUGUAGCUGAAGAGUGCAAGCACUUCAUCUAUGGAGGCUGCAAGGGCAACCAUAACAACUUCCUGCAGCAGACAGACUGUGUCAAUGAAUGUAUAGAAAAAACAGGUACUGCUAUCAAGCAAAUGACCGUGGCACCUCCCCCCACCACCAAACACACAGAGUCAGUAGAGACCCCUAAAGUGACCAUGAAGUGGCCAGAGACCAAACUACUAGCAGAGAGUGACAUGUUCCCAAUAUCCAAACCACACUCAGUAGUCGGAGGACACCCAGUGCCUGAAUCAGGUGCGAUCCUGCCAUUGGUUCUGGGCCUGAUCAUCACGGCUCUGUUGCUGCUCAUGAUUGGCUGUCGUCUGCGGUUGGUCCACCACAAGCUGAAGAAGGCUCGCCCCCUCACCACAGAGGAGUCUGAUUAUCUCAUCAACGGCAUGUAUCUGUAGCAGCAUAGCAGGCACAUGCACAGAUAGGGCUCUACCUGUGCAGAGCACAUGCCCCUUUGCCCUUCCAGUCGCUAAAGUGCCCUUUUGUAAACAAACAUUUAUUUUUUGUUGUUGAUAUACAUAGUUUUUGUUGCAGUUGUUCUGAACCCACUGCCCGCAAGUCAUCUUCAAAUUCGCAUUAAAUAUGUGUCAUUGAAUUAGCCAUUAAGAUAUGGACAUCUAUUGCUUCUAUGUAACUAAAUAAUCAAAGUCAUAAUUGCUCAAUGAAUCUGUGACCACGGUGGCAGAAUCUUAUUUUUUGGGUGCUCUUUUUUUAGUUUGAGCAUCUGCCUCUCAAAAAGCCUGUGCAUGGCACUUCUAUUUAUUUUGGAUGCACCCUCUGCACUAAAAGCCCCUCAGGCAGAAACACCAAAACUGUCAGUCAACUUGUUAGCCAGGAGGACUCUUCAUGAUAACAGCCUAUCAAACGUUCUAUAUCAUGACUGUGUACACCUGUAGGUGCACUUGAUAUAUCUAACUCACCGUGCUAGGUAGGCAGAGAUCACUCUUUAAAAUUGUCCCAUUGGAAUGGUCCCAGAAGUGCAAGCUCUACCCACCCAGCACUCCAGGGUCAUGGUUGAGCUAAAUCGAACCCACCUUUUAACAGGGAAGAAAUGUUUGCCACUUUUGUAUACUCGCUUGGUGUGAAAACUGAUGCUCGUCUGCUCUUUCACCCUCUUUUCCUUAAUAGUACAACAUUUUCAUUUCAUGGAUGUAUAUUUUCAUUGGAGAUAUAGUACUUUAUCCCUUACGUAAUACUUCUGCCACUGAGUGGCACUGUUGUGCCAUGAUGCUGUAUAUCUAUUAGGCUUGGCCUCGAGUUUUAUUUUGUACCAGACUCAUUUUAAAUAUGGGGGUAGCAAACUACGUAACGCAUUGUAAAUUCCAAAACUACAAUCAUUACUGAACAUUUUUAUUUUGUUAUAACAGCAAGUAAUUCCAGAAACACCCAUAUCAAGCCAUAAAGCAGUCUAGGCUGUCUGAUAUUGCAAUGUGGUAGGUUGCUUUUCUGUAUCGUCUAGCUAUGUAGUUUUAAAAUGUUGAUGUAGCUCAAAUGUCUGUAUGCAUACAGUUUGUGUGAAAUAGUAAAGUUAACUCUUGAUCAAUAUAUAUUUUGUAACUCUGUGAUAAAGUGUUCAGAGUAUUUUGAGUGGUAAUGCAAUCAGAAUAUACAACGUGGAUUCUUCCUGCUCUAGGUUUUUAGAGUGGUAAGGAUAAAUGGCAGUAGGUGCUGUCUUCAACGGCAUAUACAGCUUGUAACAAUAAACACUCCACAGCACAGAGGGACAAAAACAUAAGCAUCUCUUUAUUUUCAUUUUUGCCAUUCCAGAAAUUGUGAAAGCCAUGUACCAUCCAAAAUAAAUGUGCUUUUUAAUUCCA